GACGCUAUGUAGUAAAAGCAUAUAAAUGUUAAUAUGUAUAUUUGCUUUGUAUUUAUAAUAUGUAUGUGGCGCCACUUAGUGGAUGAUAUUGAGCUGUGCAAUGUUGACCAACUAUUCUUAUUGGGUCAUCCAUUAACCGUCCUGCUCGCAGGCAAGUCAAUGAUUAUCGAUAUAAUCGAUCCAAAGUGCAAUCACAAACUGAACAGAAUCGACGUCAACGCAACAACGAUGUCCCUGAAAACGUUUUGCUCCAAGUUUCUUUUUGGGGGUCUGGUCUUCGCUCGACGAGAUGUCGGGAGGCGAAGUUACUACAACAGCGGGAGCUCCGGACGUUCCGAGCCCGGCCGGGCGUCUCAUGUCCGGGUGGUGGACCUCCGCAGUGACACGGUGACCAAACCCGGAGCGGCGAUGCGCCGGGCCAUGGCCGAGGCUGAGGUCGGGGACGAUGUGAUGGGCGAAGACCCCACAGUGAACGAGUUGCAGAAGAUUGCAGCCGACAUGUUUGGGAUGGAGGCGGCGCUGUUUGUCCCUUCGGGAACGAUGAGUAACCUCAUUGCGGUGAUGGUCCACUGCAGGGAGCGUGGCGAUGAGAUGAUUGUGGGCGACCUAUCCCAUUUGCACAUCUACGAGCAGGGAGGCAGCGCGCAGCUGGCGGGCGUGCACGCCACCACGGCCAAUACCCUCGCCAAUGGCACCUUGGACCUGGACCAGCUGGAGUCCAAGAUCCGCCACGACUACCCGGACCCUCACUAUCCCCGCUCGCGCCUCAUCUGCGUGGAGAACACGCACAACAUACAGGGAGGACGCGUCAUGCCACUGCCCUUCCUGCAGGAGGUGCGAGCUCUCGCCGACAAACACGGCCUGUCGGUGCACAUGGACGGCGCGCGCCUGAUGAACGCGGCAGUAGCCCUGGGCGUGUCGGCGGCGGACAUACUGCAGCACACGCACACCGUCAGUGUGUGUCUCUCCAAGGGACUGGGUGCCCCGGUGGGAACCGUGCUGGCUGGGCCCAGAGAUUUCAUAUCGCGUGCGGUGAGGUGCCGUAAAGCUCUGGGCGGUGGGAUGCGGCAGGCCGGCAUACUAGCGGCGGCGGGAAAAGUAUCUUUGCUGCAGAUGGUCAAGCGACUACAAGAAGAUCACGACAACGCGAGAACCUUCGCUCAAGCCUUGCAAAAAUGCGAGCCGCUUCUAUUCGCCGUCGACAUGGCGGCCGUGGAGACGAACAUCCUGCGCUUCCAAAUUCGAGAACCCGCCCUGAGUCCCGCGGAGUUCUGCGACCGCAUGGCCCGGGUGGAGGAUGGAGAGGAGGAAGCGCUGGGCCAGGGGGUACAAGUCCUCAUGUACUGUCAUUUUGGCAAUUCUGUGAGAGCCGUGUGGCAUUUGGGGAUAUCGGCCGAAGAUACACAGCUGGCCAUCCGAAAAUUGGAGUUUGUCGCCCGUCAAUCCUUUGUGAAUAAACAACAAAGGGGCUUGUAAAAUGUUUGCAAAGGGUCUAAUCUUGAACAUCUCUUUGAAAAACAAGCACACCUGGAGAAACGUUUGAACACUUGUUUUGUAAACUUAAUUCCUACCACUACACAAAAUUAUUCAGGGGCAGGGAAAGUGGAUCAUACGUAAGACCUGCUCCGUUUUUUAAUCCAGUUCACCAACAAUUUACAUUAUCAAGGGUUCUGUAAUAUUUGGGUAAUAAAAUUUUCUUUAUCAAUUUUAUUUUAUUAGCAUAUCGCAUGCGACAUGGUGGCCGACUGGUAAGAGCGUCAGCCUCACAGUUCUGAGGACCCGGGUUCAAUCCCCGGCCCCGCCUGCGUGGAGUUUGCAUGUUCUCCUGUGACUGUGUGGGUUUUCUCCGGGCUCUCCGGUUUCCUCCCACAUCCCUGAAACAUGCAUGAAUUGGGGACUCUAAAUUGCCCGUAGGCAUGACUGCGAAUGGUUGUUUGUUCCUAUGUGCCCUGCGAUUGGCUGGCAACCAGUUCAGGGUGUACCCUGGGUCCUGCCUGAUGACAGCUGAGAUAGGCCCCAACACGCCCGCGACCCGAGUGUGGAGAAGCGGCUCAGAAAAUGGAUGGAUGUAUCGCAUUCCAUACUUUUCUGAUUCGUUUUGUGAAACACUUUU